AUUUAGUUUUUAAAAUAAUAAAUGCCCGUGCUCGGUGCUUGAACUCGGGGGCUAGUUUCUGGGAAUUGCAAGUUUGUACCACAGGAAAACCAAGAGCAAAGAGAGGUUCAUUGAUUGGGAGCCAGAAAUUCGGUGAAGCCAGACGAUGGGGCAAGCCGCUUCGACGGUGCAGAGUGUUUCGCCGGAACAACGGGAGGUGGAAAAAGAAGCAUCUUCCUUGGGUGCUCUUCCUAUGCUUCGGAGAGCUUUCUCCAAGCUUGCUGAUCCCGAAACAAAGGCCGUUCCCCGUGAAAAUUUACUGCAAUGCUUUAAUAUAGUUUACAAAGGUCAAAGUGAUGCCAGCAACAUCCCCAAGUUAUUCCCAGUACUGUUAGAUCACUUCGGCUCAUCCAUAGUUGACCAAUUUUUUAUGCCCGCUGAAGGACAAAUUACUUGGAUUGAAUUUGUGAGAGGCUAUAAUAGAUGCUGUACAAGGAUGUCUGCAUCUGUGUCGCUGAAUAUGCUUCUCAGAGUAUUGCGUUCAACUGUAGGAAGAGCCAAUGUGCCUAUCAAUUUGGAGUUUGAAUCUGAUGAUACUGAUUGUAAAGUAAAUGGAUCACUUCUUCCCAGUGAUGUACUCUUGCUUCUUCUUAUGUGUUGGUCUAUGUCAUGGGACUGUAGAAGUUUGAAACACUCUGAACGCAAAGUAAGUCUUAGCCCACCAAAUCUGAAUCAUUUGGUACUAUCAGCCAUCACAUCAUGUGCGGAAAUUGACAGUGGCUUGAAUGUAUGGGAUGGUGACUUCUCAAGCUCGGAAAUUCAAAUUCCUGCUGGAAAGUUUGUUACAUGGGUUUUGAGUACAGUACCCUGCCUCUCAGAUUGUUUGAGUCAGUUUUUUCAUGCAAGACUGCAAAAUCAAGCCACUGCUGGGGAUGAAUUGGCACCCUCUAAUUCCUCUGUUGAGGAUGUUUCAUUGACAACAGAAUGUGAUAAUGACAUUUUAACCCACGGAAGGGCAUGGGCAAUUGGUCUUACACAGAGAAGUACAAUAAAUGAAGAGAUCUCAGAAGUGUGUUUUCCUAGGGGUAAAGAGGGAAUGGAUGAAAGACUUCUUUAUAGGUCAUCGGCUCAUGGGAAAGGCCUAAACAGAUUUUGGUCUCAUGUUGAAGGUUACAACGGUCCGUUGCUAAUUUUGAUUGCAGCAAGUUCAGGACAAACCCAUGAGGGAAGCUCCGUUGUUACGAAAUGGGUUAUAGGUGCACUAACUAAUCAAGGUUUUGAAAAUAAGGAUCUGUUCUAUGGAAGCUCAGGUUGUUUAUAUGCAAUAAGUCCCGUUUUCCACGUAUUCCCACCUUCUGGGAAGGAAAAGAAUUUUGUUUAUAGUCACUUGCAUCCUGCUCGUAGAGUAUACGAGCCUCAUCCAAAACCCGUGGGGAUUGCAUUUGGAGGAACUAUGGGAAAUGAGAGAAUAUUCAUUGAUGAAGAUUUUGCAAGAGUAACUGUUCGUCAUCAUGCUAUUGACAAAACUUACCAGCAUGGUCCUCUCCUUCCAGACCAGGGUUUUCUGGCUAUCGAAGGUUUAAUAUCAGAAGUGGAGGUUUGGGGACUUGGAGGGCAUGUGGCAAAGAAAGUGCAAGAGUCAUAUAAAAAGAGAGAGGAACUUUUCACUGAGCAAAGACGAAAAGUUGACUUGAAGACAUUUGCGAGCUGGGAGGAUUCACCUGAGAAUAUGAUGAUGGACAUGAUGUCUGAUCCAAAUGCUGUUCGAAGGGAAGACCGGUAAGAUGGAACCCUUGAUUUCUUAUAGCAAGAGCUAAACCGUUUAUUGAAUGAAGAUCACACGUUAGCCUGUGGUAGCUCAUUGUUGUUUGGGCAUAAGUCAUAUUGGUUAUGAAUUUUUUUUCGUGUAGUAUAAUUAAGAAUAAGAAUGAACCCUUUGCGUGUGAGAAGAUAGCAAGAUUAUUCUUAAGAAGGAUUAGUUCUGUCAUCAACGUCGGAUGAAUGAGUAUUACAUAUAACAAUGCAAAGUAAUUACUCU